AUGUCAAGGCUUCCACACAAGUCCGCUACCGCCAUGAAGACGACUAAUGGUCCCUUCCAGCCUGAUGACUCUGAAGCUCUAACCGCGGCGAAGCUAGCAGCCAUCCGCAUUGAGGAAGGUGCGCAUGAUGGCAAGAAGGGUAAGGAGAAGGUCGUUUUUAAGCAUGUUGUUUCUGACGCUGCUUCCGAAGGAGAGGAUGCAUCUCAUGGUGAAGACGAUGGAGAUUUACACGAUAAUGCUGAUGAUGGCGCGAGGCCGUCGGAGGUUUCGCACCUGCUGAAUGAUGAGGACGACGGGCUUAUUGCCUAUGAUUCUGACGAGGAGGUGGAGGAAGCGUCAAAAGGCGAGAUCGCAGCACGCUCCCGCUACCCGAUCACCCUUUUGUUCCCUGAAGAGUUCUUGCCGGAAGUAUCUCGCACGCAGGCAACGAUCAAGGGAUUGGUGGGGAUUUGGAAGGAUGAGUCGUCCGAUGAGGCUCAGUUUACCACGACGUACCAGGAGCUGACGCUGGAGUUCCACUCGUGUCGCUGUCGCUUUCCGCUUACCUUUUUACCCGAGUUCUCACAUCGUUGCUGCGCAGCUGCUGCGACCACUGCAUCAGAUACGACCAAGAUUAUUCUCAGGGACCCGUCCCUGGUGCUUAUUUCCACCAGUGGCAAUCGGGAGGAGUGGGUCUGCCUUCAGGACAGCUGCGAGAAGGCUCAUGGUUCGUCGUUCGAGCAGGCUGCGCAUCACGCGCUGUCCCAGCGGCACCGCCAUGGAGCCCCGAAAGGGGGAGAGCCGCUCCGGAUGCUGAAGGGGAAGAUCAACCUCAAGCACCUGAAGAAGGAUUAUGGGUUGUAG